GCCGGUGAGAGUGGCGACGCAAUUACAGAUUCGCUGAAACGUCGUCUCUCUUUCUCUCUCAUCUCCUCCCAUUUUCUCGUCUUCUAUGUUUUAAUAUUUGUAGAUUUCGUCAUGACCUCCGGCGGAAACUCAAUCGAACCCUCCGUCGUGGCAGAGGCGGAGAAGAUGUUAUUUUGUUACCAAUACGAUCAGACCAUCACAAUCUCUAUUACUUCCUCCGCUGAUCCUUGUCCUCUUUGCAACGGAGGUUUUCUGGACGAAUACGUUGACCCUAACCCUAAUCCAAUCCCCAAUCUAAUUCUCCCGAUGUCGGAUCCAAUCUCAUCUCGCUUCUCAUUCAUCCCAGUCAUGGACUUCACGAAUCCGAGUUUCUUAGGUGAAUCAAUGGAGCCACAGUCUACUCAGCAACAGCUUAAUGCUUUUGAUCCGAAUCAACUCUCGGAUCAAGCUAAUCCGUUAGCGGGGAAUCACGGAGAUUACUUCUUUGGUCGUGGUCUUGAGGAUCUGAUUUAG